GGACCAGUCCCAGGCUGGCGUUUGUCUGGCUAGGAGGUACACACAACUUUGCGUUCUCAGUCAGUGUAAAAAAAAUAAUAAAUAAAUCAACAAUAAAUUUUCAAGGAUCGUUGUUUGAUGGAGAAAAACCAAUAAACACAAAUACAAACAGUGUUGUAGUUCAGUGUACUUUUAAUUAAUAUAAAACAAUAAACAAUUGUUUAUAAUUAUUAAAUAAAAUGAUUAAAAUAUAAUAUGGCAAUGGUAGCGUCAAACAUGAGUGGACAUAUACAAAAGCAACUCACGAGGAGUUUGGAAAGGAUUUUGGAAGAGGCACACCUGAGUGGUGAACUUAAAUUAAGUGGUCGUAAACUAAAAGACUUCCCAAAAGUCGGUAAAACUGGUAGUAAAUACAACCUGUCUGAUACUGUGAUAGCUGAUCUUUCGAAAAAUCGUUUUGGUGAAUUACCAGAAGAAGUUACGGAAUUUCAAUUUUUGGAAAAAUUACAUCUUUAUCAUAAUGCUAUCAGAGUCAUUCCAGAUUCUGUCAUGUUGCUGCAGUCAUUGAGCUAUCUUGAUUUGAGUCGAAAUCAAUUGACGUCAUUGCCGAGGGAAGUUUGUAGGCUGCCACUACAAAUUCUUUUAGUUGCUCAUAAUCGUUUAUCAUCAUUACCAGAUGAACUUAGCAGAAUGUCAGCACUUGCUGAACUAGAUGCUGGUUGUAAUGAAAUUGCAAGUUUACCAUCAAAAAUUGGUGAUUUACCAAGACUAAGGUGUCUUGAUUUGCGUAGUAAUUUACUUGUACAUCUACCAAGUGAAUUAACAUAUUUGAGAUUGGUUAAAUUGGACAUAAGUGGAAAUAGAAUUUCUGUACUUCCAAAUGAAUUGAGAAAAAUGAAAAGUCUUAUUGAUUUUAAAUUAUCAGAUAAUCCAUUAACAUCACCACCAGCUUCGUUGUGCACUCGCGGGCGAAUACACAUAUUUAAAUAUUUGGAAAGACAAGCAGUUAAACAUGAACGAGCAAGAAAUGGUAGAAUAAGAAAAAAUCCAUUAGAAGAAAGAGGACAUGCAACACUUGAUACAAGACCACACAGACGUCAUAAUGUUGACAGUGGUUACAGUACAAGUGAUGGUCUUGAUAAAAGAUGGUCACAAGAAAUUCAUACUGGGGCUCAUGAGAAUGAAGGAAGAGGUGUAUGGCGUCAAGAAUGUUCACCAUUGUCAAUAACAUUGCCAAAUGAAAUUGGAGCUAAUGGAUCAUUCAGUGGUACAUCAACACCAAGUACAAUAUCACCUGGUGAACAUACAUCACUUGAAGAUGAACUAGGAAAAGCAAUGAUAUUACAUGAUCAAUUACAAAAAAGAAGAUUGGAAAGAAGUGUAUCGGAAAAUGGGUCAGAUAACAGACGAACGAUGGCAACAUCACUUCAUAAUAAUUCCAUUACACCACCAGGACAAUUGGAAACAAGUAUAACAAGUCAAGCACCACCAGCAGUAUCAACACCAAUACAAUCAAUCAAUAAUAAUGUCACAAAUUCACAGCUAAAUGGUGAUGACAAAAGGCCAUUAAAUCAUACACAAACAUACAAAGAAUACAAGGAAGCUUUACGACAACAAAGAGCAACAGAAGUAUCAAGUGUUUAUCGACCUCGUGAUCCAAUAACACCACCAGGAAAUGAAUCAACAUUAAGUAAUGAUAGUGAUAUAUCAACAGUAAAAGAUGAAACAUCACCACAAAUAAUGAAACAAUUAUUUAAUGAUGAAAAUGGUAAUAAAAGACCAAUACAAAAAGUAACACCAUCAAGGAUAACAUAUCCAAAUUCACCAAUAAUAAAUGGUAGUACAAUUGAUCAUAAUAUUAAAAAUGGUAAAUUUUUAGAACAACAACCAUAUCAAAAACCAAAUUCACCAGUUAAUUUAAUAACAAGUGGUAUAUUAUCAUCAAAUUCAAGUCCAUCACAUACACCAAGAAUUGUUAAAACAGCUGUUGCAUUUGUUGAACAAAAUAUUAAUAAAAGUCCAAGUAUAAAUGGUGGUAGUCCAAAAUCAUCUAGAUCAGUUAGUUGGACAAAUAAUAUACCAGAUAAAUCAACAUUUACUAUGAGAAGAGAAUUUGAAAGAGCCAAAGAAGAAGCUGAUCUUAUUGAACAGCUUAGAAAUUACAUUGAAACAAGAUUAAAAAUGGCAUUACCUGAAGACUUGGCACCAGCUUUAACUGAUGGUGUUGUUUUGUGUCAUUUGGCAAAUCAUGUUAAGCCUCGAUCUGUUGGAAGUAUUCAUGUUCCAUCUCCAGCUGUUCCAAAAUUAACAAUGGCAAGAUGCAGAAGAAAUGUUGAUAAUUUUCUUGAAGCUUGUCGAAAAAUUGGUGUUGAUGAGGAGGUGUUAAUGGAUGCGGAUGCAAUAAUGGACGUCGGUUACAUGAAUGCUUACGGGCUGGAGAAUCUGGGACGUCUCGUAUUGUCCCUUCGUCUAUUACAUUACAAUGAAGAUGCUAAUGAACAACCUUAUGAAGAUUUAAAUAAUAAUCAUGAUCGUUAUUUAUCCGCGAUACUUAUUUUUAUAUUUUUAUCAACAUUAAUAUUACUAUAUAUUUUUCCUGUGUCUGAUUAAAAUUAUCAUAUUUUUAACUAUCAAAAACUUGAAAAAGAAAAUACCACAAAUUAUCAUCAGGAAGUAUAUUUGAUUAAUCAAAAAAAAAAUCUAAUUUAUAUACUGUCAUGAAAAGAAAAAAAUUAAAUUUAAAUUAUUUAAAAAUUUGAGAAAAAUAUUUAAAGAUAAUAUCAUUAGAUUAAACAAUUAUUUAGAUAUUUUUUUUUUUUUUUUUAUUAUUAAUUUGCCUUUAAAGAGCUUAAAAAAUAUAUCAAUUGUUUUUGUUUUUUUUUUUAAUUCUUAAAAGGUGCUUAAAAUUGACGAGGCUGUUGAAUUAUAGGUUGUUUAUUUGAAAAUAUAUAUUUGCAUAUUUUUGCAAUCUUUGUAGUUUUUUUUUUUUUUUCUAUUUUUUAAGGGUAGAUUUUUGUUGAGCAAAAGUAGAGAUGAAAAAUUGUAGCAGGGCUUUUUGAUAAUAAUUUUUGACAUAAUGAAAUUUAUAAGAAGAGAAAAAAAAAAAGAAAAAAUAUAUAUUUAAUAGUUUC